AUGUUUUCAGUUGUUGGCAGACCUCUACACAGGCUCUCCGGUUCCGUCCGUAGAGUUACAGUCGCCAUGGCAGACGCUCUGGCCAAAAUCCCCGAUGUGGAGAUCGACCCUGAGGGAACUUUUAAGUACAUACUGGUCAGAGUGAAAGUGAAAGAUGGCGAUGUGAAUAAAGACAUAGUCCGAGGCACUAAAAGUGCAGAGUAUCACAAUCAUAUAUUUGAGAAGGUCAGUCCAGCUAUGGAGGCCUUGGGGAUGGAGUGUAAAUGCCUUGGAGGCGGGAAGAUAGAGCACAACAGCCAGGAGAAAAAACUAAGGGUGUUUGGAGAAUCAACUGCGUUUGGUAAAGCGGACCAUUCUGUGUCUGCAGAGAAGUUGAAGAGUGCUUUCAGCGACUAUGAGAUCACCUGGUCCGAUGACAAAAAAUGAGAGUGUAAACCUGCACUGCAUUUAAAGUGUGCGCAUUUAUCAGUUCCAGUACAAAAUCCACAUAAAAAUGCAUUGACUUUUCUGUACAACCACCAUUUAAUCAAAAUACACCACUCUGCAUUUCA